AUGGAUGCCAACACCAACAACCAUGGCGCUGCUGCAACAAAGUGUCACCAAUGCUCUGAAGCCAUUAACACUUCUUCCAAUAUUGAUAACAGUGCCAUCUCUAACUAUCUAGCACCUCCAGAUCAAGUCAAAGCUUACUGUUGCUAUGAGUGCCUUGCUCUCAAUGUUCGUCAUGCCCAAGAAGAAAUCGACCAUUGUAGGCAAUAUGGUUAUCAGUACUUUCAGCUCAACCCAGGUGAUCUCUCAAAGAAGCUCUGUGAUAUCAGCAAUUUCCAUGCUGCCAAAGGCAACGUUGUGUGCCAUUUCGGCCAAGACACCGAUGUGAAAAUAUGCAGAACAACGACUGGCUCCAUGUAUUGCACGUCCGAGGAAGGACCCAAGCGAAUUCAACUUCAUUUUAAGCCUUCUACGAGUAACUCUGAGAUUCCACUUCUUGUACAAGAAAUUCUAUUGACUCAGUCGGGCCUUACGAAUCAUUUUCUGGUACAAGGCAUCAAAAAUAAGCAAUACGAUGCAUUUAUGGAUGAGUUUUUUGCUGGUGCCACAGCUCGGAUCUGGUCCAUCAUGAAUUCUGUUGUUUGCCCAUAUGCACCAUUCGAGCAUUGGCGCCCUCUUCGGUCUCCCAACCACUAUCGAACUUGGUGGUUCCUUCCAAGUGCAUAUGUUGAGUCGAUUCCACUCCAGUCUUUUACGAUCAAUAGUGGCUCUAUUGCCAUUGAAAUCCACUAUGGCACAGGUGUCUACCAAACCAUUAUUGUUCAAACAAUCGAGUAG